AUGUACAAGCAAUCGAUUCGGCCACUCUCGAUCUCAUGUAGAUCUCCGCGUGUUAUGCGCGAAGGAUACUGGGUUGUCCACGGACGUCACCAGUUACCGUACUGGGACCAGAAAGACAACAAACAAUAUUCGGUUCAAAAACUAGAAAAUGGGAAAACGGUAGAAUUGCCCAAGUACACGACGAAGCCGUUUAAGAUGAUCAACACGGAGGGUAGACAGCCGAUGAGCGAGCAACAGUCACUUUACAUUGAUAAAAGCCAUCGGGAUAAUCCAGAAACGCAGGAUGUAAUAAGAACACCAUCUGCGAAAGGAAUGAAGGCGAUGCAGCAUGGAGGCCCUGCUCUCUUAUCUCGAACCGGUUACAUGGUCGAUUAUUAUAGGCUUAACCCCACGCAGCGUCAACGAAGCGCCGUGUUUAAGGAGAAGAUUUUAAAAGUCGUCGAAGAUCAGAACUUGAUGCGACACCUUGCCCUCGUUGUUGGCCCUUCUAAGCCUCGUUGGAUCCCUGCAACAUCCACAAUGAAAAAAGACGAUAUUAUUGUUAACGAUGCAUCUGGCGAGCAGAAAACUGCGGAAGAGCUCGAACUUAAUGGAUCUUACAUGCUCAAAUCAUUACCUAUUGGAACGGAAAUUUGUAUGGUCGAAGAGUUCCCAGGAUCUGGCGCUCGUUUCGCGAACUCAAACGCGCGUUAUGGCAUUGUUACGGGUCGACUCGGCCGAGGCGAUAAGGAUUCUUUGAUAACUGUCUCGUUUCCGUAUGCGUCGUUGGAAGGAAUUACUAACUCUGGAUUUGCUGGAAAAGUAAAUUACAAGGGCGUAUUGAGUGAUCAGGGUCUUCACAAUCGAAUGGGUGGAAUCGACGCGCAAAUUAUUAUGGAAGACGGAAGUAUUGAACUGCCGGCUUGGGAGAAAAAAGAUAGCAGGCAAAAACGCGCGACGGGCAGGCACGGCCCGUGGGAAGGAUACUUCGAUUGCAUGGCCACUCACAGAGAAAACUCUUACGACCAAACCCCUCAAAGUUUAUAUGAUCAAGACGUUGCUCUCAGUGGAAAUUGCGUCGCCGUUAUCGGUCGCGCUUCUGAGGGGGGUGAGUUUAACUCGUGGCUACUACACGAAGAUGGCCGCCAAUACAAGCUUUACGGAGGCAAUAAGUCGAACGGAUUUUAUAAUAGAGAAAUAAGAAAAUCUGGACUGAAUCAUAUAUCUAUGCAUUUCAGAAAGUUUAAACGUGCUCCCGGCCAACUUGUUAAUAAUCAAGGCAAUCAGUUUGUUUUGCUAAAAUCAAACGAAUAA